AUGGAAGAAAAGCCUUUACGAGUACUCGCAUGUGGUGACGUUGAAGGACGAAUAAAUGCUCUGUUCAACCGAGUGAACGCCAUUCAGAAGAAGAGCGGGCAGUUUGAUCUGCUGCUGUGUGUUGGUGAAUUUUUUGGAAGUUCCCCUGAGGCUGAAGCAGAAUGGGAAGCAUACAAAUCUGGUGCCAAAAAGGCACCUAUUCACACAUACAUUCUCGGCGCAGCCAGCCAAGAGACUGUGAAGUAUUUCCCAAACUCUGAUGGCUGCGAGUUGGCAGAAAACAUCACAUGUUUGGGUCGAAGGGGUAUUUUCACCGGGGCAUCAGGGCUUCAGAUCGCCUAUGUCAGUGGCAGAGAAGCUCAACAUGAACCUGCUCCCUCACACUGCUUCACCUCUAAAGACAUUGCAGCCCUGGCGGCCCCGCUUCUGUCCAACUCCAAAUUUCGAGGAGUGGACGUUCUCCUGACCUCGCAGUGGCCUCGAGGCGUGUGGCAGUAUGGAAACAGUCCUGAAACCGAUACAAAGUUUUGUGGGGUUUCGUCCAUCGCAGAUCUCGCUGACAAGCUGAAGCCCCGCUAUCAUUUUGCAGGACUGGAAUCGGUUCAUUAUGAGAGGCUGCCUUACAGGAAUCACGUGGUCCUUCAAGAGAAUGCUCAGCAUGUCAGCAGAUUCAUCGCAUUGGCAACUGUCAACAAUCCUGCUAAAAAGAAGUAUUUGUAUGCGUUCAACAUUGUCCCGAUGAAAAACAUGGACCCUGCAGAGUUAAUCAAGCAGCCUCAGGAUGUCACAGAAAAUCCCUACAGGAAACCUUUGAAAGAUGGAAAGAAAGAAAAACCACCACCAUCCAUGACAGGCGCAGAGGAGGAACCAGCACCCCAGUUCUUCUUUGAUCUGGCCCAGAAUAAACCACAGCACCAGCAGCGUCACGGCAGGAAGAGACAAACAGACGGAGACAGACCUAACUAUCCCAAACAGCCCCGAAGACCCCCACAGCCCACUGGACCCUGUUGGUUCUGCCUUGCGAGUCCAGAAGUCGAGAAGCACUUGGUUAUAAGCAUCGGAACACAUUGUUACAUGGCUCUUGCUAAGGGUGGUCUCACUCCCGACCAUGUUCUCCUGCUGCCCAUUGGACAUUACCAGUCAGUGGUGGAUUUGGCAUCGGAGGUGGUUGAAGAGAUGGAGAAAUACAAGGGUGCAAUCAAGAAGUUCUGUAAAAGCAGAGGCCAACGGUGCAUCCUGUUUGAGAGGAACUACCGCAGCCAGCACCUCCAACUACAGGUAGUGCCGGUGUCCAUGGAGAAGUGCAGUACAGAAGACAUCAAGGAGGCGUUCAUGACACAAGCUGAAGAGCAGCAGAUGGAGCUGAUGGAGAUUCCAGCUCAUACAGACCUUAAACAGAUCGCUCCACCGGGAACGCCCUACUUUUACGUGGAGCUGGAUACGGGCGAGAAGCUGUUUUAUCGCAUCAAGAAAAAUUUCCCUUUGCAGUUUGGCAGGGAAGUGUUAGCGAGCGAGGCGCUGUUGAACAUCCCCAUGCGUGCCGACUGGAGAGAGUGCAAAUGUACAAAAGAGGAGGAAGAGGAUCUGGCCAAACAAAUGCGCUCGGACUUUGAGCCCUUUGACUUCGCACUCGAUGACUAAGCAACGAUUCAGAUACAUCUGACUUGAUCCCUUCACAUUAAUGAACUCAGUCAGUGUGUUAGCUGUUUAUUUUACCGUUUUAUGCUUUUUAAAUUGUCUACCAUAUACAUUUUCCUCUUCCUAUCAUUUGCAAACAGUUAGGGGAUGGCUGUUAUCACAGUGGUCUUUCAAGAGAUUUUUUUUGGUGAUGUAUCUCAUCCGUUAUAUACAAUUAAGUGUGGAAUUUAGUUGUGACUCAUAAUUAAAGUCAUUUUUCAGUUUUGUAAAA